AUGGCUUCAACAAUUACUGGACUAGCAGAAAAUGCAGCAUUUAGAACUUUGGCUGAUCAAUCUAGAGAAGUAAAUAUGAUGGAAGAAUUCAAAAUUGAUCCAAAACGUGCAGAAAAGUUUACUUUAAAAUUGUUGAAUUCAAAUAGAGGUCUUCAACUUUAUUUUGAUUUUUCAAAAAAUAUAAUUGAUGAUUCGAAGUUUAAGCAACUUAUUGAUAUUGCUCGUCAAGCUAAUGUAGAACAAUGGCGUGACAAAAUGUUUUCUGGUGAACAUAUUAAUUUUACAGAGGGACGUUCUGUUCUACACGUUGCAUUGCGAAAUAGAGAAAAUAAACCGAUUUUGGUUGAUGGAAAAGAUGUAAUGCCUGAUGUUAAUGCAGUUCUUAAACAUAUGAAAGAAUUUUGUGAUCAAAUAAUUAGUGGCCAAUGGACUGGUUAUACUGGUGAAAAAAUUACGGAUGUUGUUAAUAUUGGAAUUGGUGGUUCUGAUUUGGUUCUUAAAAAAGUCAAUCCAGCAACCGUUCUUUUCAUUAUUGCUCCAAAAACGUUUACAACACAGGAGACAAUUACAAAUGCGGAAUCUGCUCGUGAAUGGUUUGUGACGAAAGCAGGUGAUGCAAAACAUGUCGCCAAACAUUUUGUUGCGCUUUUUACAAAUGCAACUAAAGUCAAGGAAUUUGGUAUUUCUGAAGAGAAUAUGUUCGAAAAUUGGGAUUGGGUUGGUGGUCGUUACUCUCUUUGGUCUGCAAUUGGUCUUUCAAUUGCUGUUCACAUUGGAUUUGAAAAUUUUGAACAAUUGCUUGAUGGUGGUUUUCUAGUUGAUAAACAUUUUUGUCAAACACCGCUUGAGUCUAAUAUUCCUGUAGUUCUGGCUGUUUUGGGCAUUCUCUAUAUAAAUUUACAUAAAGCUGAAACACUUGCUUUAUUGCCCUAUGAUCAAUAUAUGCAUCGCUUUGCUGCCUAUUUCCAACAAGGAGAUAUGGAAAGUAAUGGAAAAAGUGUUUUGAGAAAUGGCUCUGGAACUUUGUUACAAACAGGACCUAUUGUUUGGGGAGAACCUGGAACCAAUGGACAGCACGCCUUUUAUCAAUUAAUCCAUCAAGGAAAGCAUCUGAUUCCCUGCGAUUUUAUUGCACCAAUUCAAAGUUUGAAUCCUAUAGUGCAGGUCUUCACCAUACGCCCGGAUCAUGUCUCGCCGGGUCAAGUCAUCUUGCCAUUUUUUGGCUUUUUGGUUUGCUUUCUAAUUUUAUUUUUCCUCAUUCCACAGAUUUUGCUUGCCAAUUUUUUGGCACAAACUGAAGAUUCAAUGAAAGGAAAAUCUUCAGAAGAAAUAGAAAGUGAACUUGGGUAUUGUGACUUAUAGCGGGUUUUUUGUUUCUGAACCGAUUUCGACAAAUGAGGUGUCAUUCGAAAGAGCUUCGAAAACUGAGUCGAACUAGAUACGGGGGAAGUCGGUCCGACAAGCAAGGGC